UUUCGAUUAUCAUUUGCAAAACGAACGUUUCGAAACACGGACGGAAAAGCCAGCAGUAAUAAGAACAUUAAUUUCCAGUUCCCUGCCCCAAGGCUAGUGAAAAAAAGAGUCAGAAACGGAAAUAAUGUGACAAAAGCAAAAGAUUGAUAUUUUUUGUUUAAACGAAGGAAGAAAAACGAAACCAACACCAAACAGAUUCUGUUCAUUGUUAACAGAGACAGUCAGUUAAUGAACAUUUAAAUAAAUAUUUAUUACUCGUAUAUACGAAGAGAGUGCGAUAAAAGACAAUGGAAGUUUAUACAUCGGACAGCAGUGAUACGGAUUCACGUGAACAAAAGACUCUGGAUUAUAGCCGCAUGAACCUCUAUGAUAUAACCCUGGAAGAUGAUCUCUACUCGGAAACCAAACAGCGUCUCAAAUCGCAGAAGGACAUUGAAAUUCUGCUGGUCAAUAAUAAUCGAUUGAAAUGUUUUCCCACAACAAUAAAAACGUUCGUUAAUUUGCGUACUUUGGAUUUAAGCUAUAACUGCCUGACUGAACUGCCUGCAGCGGUCUUCUCUAUGCCAUUUCUGGUCACUUUGGUUGCCAAAAACAAUCAGCUGACAAACCAAUCCUUGCCCAAGGCAUUUACCCAUGGCAAAAACCAGCAGUGCUCUUUGAAAGAAUUAAAUUUGAGCGGCAAUUUGUUGACUCAUUUCCCGGAGCAAUUAAUCGAAAUGAGACAAUUGAAAUACCUAUAUAUGGGAGGCAAUAAAAUAACAGCGAUAAGCAAAGAUAUAUGGAAAAUGCAAAGCCUACAAGUCCUAUCAAUUGGAGGAAAUUUAAUCACAGAAGUUCCAGAAUCGGUUGGUUUGCUUACCCAACUACAGGCGCUGGUAUUAUGCGAUAAUCUUAUUGAAAGUCUGCCAUCAAGUAUUGCUCGUUUGAAAACCCUCAAAUCUUUGCUACUACAUAAGAAUCGAUUAAAACAUUUGCCUCGUGACAUUGUAGCUCUAAAAAAUUUGGCAGAGCUCAGCCUUCGAGACAAUCCUCUAGUUGUUCGUUUUGUUCAAGAUAUGGCUCUUAAUCCUCCCAGCCUAAUGGAGCUAUCUGCUCGUAUAGUAAAGUCUAAUGGCUUAGAAGUUCAAACCGGCGAUGCUCCCCAAACCCUACUGGAAUAUCUCAGUUGUGCCAAUUGCUGUGUGAAUCCCAACUGCAAAGGCGUUUUCUUCGACAAUCGCGUGGAACACAUAAAAUUUGUGGAUUUCUGUGGCAAAUACCGAGUCCCAUUGCUGCAAUAUCUAUGCUCAUCGAAAUGUAUCGAGCCCGAAGAAGAGCCAAGACCUCACUCGAGUAGUAAUGCAAGUAGAUAUAUGAUGCGUAAAGUGUUACUGGGUUGAAUGUAAUAUGACUAUUUAAUAGUUACCUUCUAAACACGUUUCUAAUCAAAAACUGUAAUAAAAAUAUUUAUGCCAUUAAA